UUCUCGCUGCCAAGAUGAUGCUCGGAGGAACCUCGGCCACCAAGCCGGCCACCGCGGAGAUCCAAGAGAUCGUGGACAAGGUAAAGGCCCAGGUGGAAGAGAAAGAAAACAAGACAUUCCAGGUGUUUAAGGCGGUGGAGUACAAGUCUCAGGUGGUCGCCGGGACGAACUACUUCAUCAAGGUCCACGUGGGCAAUGAAAACUUCAUGCACCUGAAUGUACAUGAGAGUCUCCCUCACGAGAAGAAGCCUCUGACCUUGUCCAACUACCAGACCAACAAGACCAAGCAUGACGAGCUGACAUACUUUUAACCCCUGGUUCCUUCGAGGGCCCUGGAUCCACGUGACCCACACAUGAAGACGGUUCUGUCGUCUGAGUGGGAACCCGGGACCAGAAAGUACACAUGUCCACCCCGUGCUGCUGUGUCUUGUUCAUUGUGUCCCCCAAAUAACGUACGUGAUUCCAUAACCCUAAUGUUAGUUCCCAAGAAGACCAAGCAAUCUCUUGAAAUCUAUUUUCCAAAGUCUUUGAAA